AAUUCCUCCAGACAGUUCUGAGUUCCGCAGAUACGCGAGUAGCUGAGCCUCGCUUUGUUUCUAUUAUUCAUUAAUAACUGGUAAAUACCCACUUGUUCCUCUCCUCUCCUCUCCUCUCCUCUCCAACCUCCUCUUGGUGUCUGGGGAAAGUUCAGUCAAUCCAUUCAGACUGUUCUCUUCGGAUGACUGGUCAAUAACAAUGCAACUCCGUUGCUUCCGUGGCUUAAUUCCAUGACGAUCGUCGAUAUAUGCGGCCCUUGCCGAGAUUUUCGGGAUCCACCGAUGAACCGCUGCUUCCAAUUGCUCCCCUGCCUCGCUGAUCCUGCUCGGAGGUCGUCGUUGUACUUGAAGUUGGCCUUGGUGACGAUCCAUCUGGUUUAUGGGGCCGUUCUCUUCUUAUUUGAUGGUGCUUUGAUAGAAAGAACUAGGAAGGAACCAUGGUACACUGCCUUAUACUUGCUGCUCCUCGCUGCUACCUUAACACUGUACUUUGUUACCUCCAUUUCCUCCCCAGGCUAUGUCCUUGAUGCAAUGGCAGCUUUUAACAAGGCAAAUGCAGUAUACAGAAGGACAUUUAUAACCUCAAGUCAACCUGCUUCAAGCAAGAAUGGAAGCUUUCUUCAUACUGUUGAUGAAAGUCAGAUGGGAAGAAAUGAUGCUGGAGGUAAUUCAAUGGAUUGGGCAAAGCUGGUGACAGACUUGUAUCCUCCUGGAACAGCAAUCAGAAAUUGGACAUGCAGCUACUGCCAUGUAGAGCAGCCACCUCGAUCAAAGCAUUGUCAUGAUUGUGACAAAUGUAUUCUUCAGUUUGAUCAUCACUGUGUUUGGCUUGGAAACUGCAUUGGCCAGAAUAAUCAUUGCCAAUUUUGGUGGUACCUUUGUGGUGAGACAGCACUGUGCCUCUGGACUGCUGUAUUGUAUAUUUCAUACCUGAAGGCUCACAUCGUGAGGAGUUGGUGGAAGGAUGCGAUCGUAAUACUGCUCUUAAUCAUGCUGUUUAUUUCUCUCAUCUUCCUGGUUCUUCUACUUCUAUUUCAUAGCUAUCUUAUUCUGACAAAUCAGACUACUUAUGAACUUGUGAGAAGAAGGAGAAUUUCUUAUCUAAGGGCGAUUCCGGAAAGAGUGUAUCCAUUUAGUAAAGGAAUUUGUCGAAAUUUAUACAACUUCUGCUGUGCAAGAAGUGUGUACAGUUUGGAAGCACUGCCUAGCCCUCAAGAGAUAGAGGAAAAGUCGAUGCCCUACACAUGCAAGGAUGUUGUAACCUGUCGUUGUUGCUGAUUUUGGGUCAAUUGUUUUGCUAGAAGAAUAAUUCCGUGAAGUUCUUAUUUUGUGCUGGAAUGCGUCGAUGUGCUUAGAGAACAGAUUUACUUGACGCUGUUGGUGUUGGGUCUAAGAUCGUCUAUUUCUUUUUCUGCUCUUACCCAUUCUUUCCCUCUUUUUUGGAGGUGGUUGUUUUCAGGUUUAGUUAAUGCGUAGGUACAGUGCCAGCGUUUCUGUGAAUGAGAUGAGUUCCGCUGGGUUUUAGACUGCAGUCCCUGUAAUAGAAAGUUGCGUGGAGGGAAAUUGCGGGGUUGUCAUCCUUGUUUAUUUAGGUGUCUGAUAUACAGUGUUCUCGAUUUUUGACAGUAAUUUAUGCAUAACGGUUCCUAGGCGCCAGAAUUUGUUGUCGAUUUUAUCAAUUUUUUUCUAGGAAAAUUGAUUAUAGUAUAAAUUUUAAA